CCUGCUCCUGCCCGUCUUUUUCCUAAGCUUCUCAGAGGGAGGAGCUCUGUGCGUAUUGCAGCUACGACAUCGUCACCAUCACCGCUAUCCCUACGCUACAGCAUGUCAACGCAGGUAUCAGCAGCGCUCCGGCGGCAGGCAGUGAAGGCAGCCAGGACACGCGAUCAGAAGCUGCGCCACGCUAUCUCGCUCUACCACCUCAGCCCAUCCUUCUACCCAACGAGCGCCGCCUCUAGCUCUGCUUCUACAUCCACUUCCGCCUCCCCCUCUGCUCAAUCAGGCAUCGACGAUGCCAUCGACCAGACGCUGCACUACGAUAUCUGGGGGUCCAAAGACAAUCAACGAGACGCAGGGGCAAAGGAGAGCGUACCCACCUUCUACGAUGGUGACUACCUCGUUGCCCGACUAAACCAGGUGACACAGGCAGGUCCCCGGGAUGGAUCUCACGAGGAGCCUACUGUCAGUCCUCUUCUCGAUUGGACAAGCUACGAGGCCGGCUCUAUGACUCGAGGCUCACUAGCGCCACAGAAGUCGCCCCGAGAAUUUGCCUACGACCAGCUCAGGCGGUCAUUCCUGUCCGACGGAGCCGGUGUUACAAAGUUGCCCAAGUCACCAAGGCCAGAACUGAGGUCAGAUGAGCCAGAGCAGACACAUAUUCAGCCGGGCGCAUCUGCGGCUGUGCUCAGGAGUCAGUUGGAUGAGAGGAGCGCAAGGAUCAGGGACGCGCUCUUUGGCACUGUAGGAGCAGGAGCAAAGGCCGGACUGGAGGUGGUGCGGGAGAGGAGUGCAAAACACAGGCAACAAGAGUAACGAAUCUUCGACUGAAUACUGGACGACGGUAGAGAAUUGUCAUUGGUGAG